CUCAGACAGAGAAAGCAGAACGCAAAAAGAAAACGGCUUAAAAAGAUUAAUCAGCUAGGAGAUCAUAUAGAUUAGUAGUUUCUUUGCUUCAUAUUCAUCUUGAAAUAUGAGAAACUGACUUCUUCUUUAGCUCCAAAGUGACCCAUCGAUUCCUUUUCGCUUUAUCUCUUUUUCUGGUCCUUUUAGAGUCCUAACCAUUUCUCUUUCACUCUCACUCCACAGCUCCACUUUCCUUCUUCUUCAUUCAUUAGCUAGCUACCUCCCAAAGCUCCUUUGACUACACAAUCAGCUUCUCCCAUGGCAGAACAGAACUGUUCACAGCAAGGAGCAGCUCCAUGCGCACCCCAAAACCGCUGUCACCACCUCACGAACGCAGAUUCAUGCGCAACCCAAAACCGCUCUCGCCCCCUCACGAACGAGAAAUACUGCACGGAAAAAGGCCACGGAUCUCGCUCGCCGAAACGUGCCGUCUGCUCCUGCAUCACAAUCUUCCUCCUCCUAGCAGGCAUCACCCUCCUCGUCCUCUGGUUCGUCUACCGUCCCCACAAGCCCAGAUUUACUGUCAUCGGCGCCGCCGUCUAUGGCCUCAACGCCACGGCGCCGCCGUUCCUCACCACCACAGUUCAAUUCACCAUCCACAUCAGAAACCCCAACCGCCGCGUCUCGAUCUCCUACGACAGGCUGUCGGCCUUCGUGUCGUACAGGAACCAGGCAAUCACAGCGCCAAUCAUGCUGCCGCCGCUGUACCAGGAGCGGCACAGCGCGGCGUCAGUGUCGCCGAUGAUCGGGGGAUCGCCAGUGCCGGUGUCGGAGGAGGUGGCGAACUGGUUGGCGGCGGACGAGAGCUGCGGAGUGGUGGAAGUGAGAGUGGUGGUUCAGGGGAGGGUGAGGUGGAAGGCGGGAGCCAUACGAACAGGGCACUAUGGAAUGCACGUGAAGUGUGAUCUUUUGAUGGGUCUGAAGAAGGGAUUUGUGGGUCAGGUUCCUUUGCUGGCAGAUCCGCCCUGCGCUGUAGAUAUCUGAAUUUCUCAAACCUAGUUAUAUUAAUUCAUUGCUCUAAUAAGUGUAAUCAUCUGUCCUUCUCAACAUUUCAAUUUCAGAACCUGGUUGUGUUUCUCUCUGUUCUUUUCAAUAGCUAGCUUCAUUAUUGAACCUUUAAAUUCUAACUUGAUUUCCUGUUAUUGUGCCAGUUUUUCAACGAUGAAUGACAGUUAAAUUGAUUAUAUAAUUACUCCGUAACAAGAUUUGAAACAUUUUAUUCAAUACUGAUUAUGUGAAUAAUUUGUAA